AUGAUUGAUUUUACCUUGGAAGGGGUCAUCCUGGAAGGCAGAGAUGUUAAUCAAGAAGAGGCCUACCUCAAAGCCACGCGAGAAGCCAAUCAGAAGUUGACUGAACUCACUUCAAGUGAAAUAUCCAAGGUCACCCUGAAAUUAAUCACAAAGCACAUUGAAGAGGGCAAUGCCUUCCAAUCAUCAGCUGCAGCCUGCUCAUUGAUCUCAUCUGGGGUCGUGGCUAUCUUCUGCCCAGACAGUCGGUCGGCAGCGCAUGCAGCAAUGCGGGUGUGUCAGCAGAACGCCAUUCCGUGUCUCACUGCUCAGUGGGAUGCCAAUCUUGGCACCAAUGCUGCCUUCAACGUCACCAUCAACCUACAUCCCACGGUGGAGGAUGUGGGGAGCACUUUGGUCAGCUUUCUGCAUGAAGCACAGGGCUGGCAGGAGCUUGGACUCAUCUAUGCCCACGAUGACAGUGAGUUGAAGACACCUUCGUUUCAACUUCUACUUCCCUGCAACUGUUCUAUGGGUUUCAAAUGUGGUGAUGGUGUUCACUUCUUUAGUUUCAGGAAUCUACCUUGA